AUGAAAGAAAAAGAAUUGGAAAAGAAGUCAUCUAAUCAAGUUGAUGAACAAGAAUGGACUCAAUUAAGUCAUCAAAUAGCUGGUGUAGAUGAUGAAUUACAGAAAGAUGGAGAUGAGAAAGAGAACAAGAAGGAUGUGGACAAGGGCAAAGAUGAUAAGGAUGAAAUAUAUGAGAAUGAAUGGAUGAAUUGGAGAGCACAAAAAGCUUUAUAA